CUUAAAUAUCAAAGACUAUCCUAAUAGCUUAUCGCAAAACUCAUCUACCCACCUCCCUUUUUUUUCUCCACAACAUUUCCACAAUCCUCAGAAUGAAGUUCCUCCACAUAGUCCUCCCACUAGUAGGCUAUACCCUAGGCCAAACCUCCACCACGACCACCACCCUCUCAUCCGCAAUCUCAUCCACCUCCUCCACCACAAUCCAAAUCUUCAACAUCCUUCCCACCUCACUAACCUCUCAAACCACAACCCCAACUCCCUCAACGACCCUCGCCACCUUCGACGCGAGCAUUAUCUCCGCCUCAUCCUCCACCACCAUCCUCGCCGUAACCUGCAACGGCGCAUGCCCCAUCCCAUCCAUCUACACCAUCACCGCAGCGCCCUCCACGUACGUCGAGCACGGCUCCUUCAUCGGCUCCGCGAACGGCCUUACAGUGACAACCUCCCAGAGUAACGCGUGCAAUAUCACCUCCUCGACGCAGGCCGCGUCGUGCUCUGUCACUAUCGGGUACUAUGGGACUGUGAGUGGGGGGCAGAACUCCUCGUCUGUGGUUACUUCCGGCACGUCGUAUGGGUCAGGUGAGAUUUGGUAUAUGCCUGUUACUGUUACGGCUGGGGCGGAGAAGUUGGCUGCUGCGACGCAGACGGCUGGGGGUGGGGGUGGAGGGAGUGGGAGUGGGAGUUCGAGUGGUGGAGGAAGGGUUGAGGUUGGAGGAUGGGGAUGGGGAUGGGGUUUGGGGGUUGUGAUGAUGGGAGUGUUGGUUUGA